GGGCGCAGUGGCACUCCAACGACAUCUGUUUAUUUUUGGCCACGACAUUCUGCUGCCUGUUUCAAUGAAAUGGCGCCCUUUUCGGGGUCAGAUGCUGACCAUUUCAAGGACAAGGCGCGGAGGGAUCUCCUGACUUUACUGGAAGGCGUCCGGGGGAAGAAGAACCUCGUCAUAAGCCAGGAGCUGGCUGGCCCAGUGGGGCUAUUCGUCAAGUUCUCUGAGCUCCAAGACUAUGGAGUCCACCGGGUCUUCUACCUGGAGAAUGCAAACAUUGACUCAUCUCAACGCAAUGUUGUGUUCUUAGUUCGUGGCGAGAAGGCUCGCCACGUUCGAACUGUGGCAGAGCAGAUCAAGCGCCUGCAGAACAACGGCAACGUUGAACAUGAGUAUUCCAUCUUCUUCUCGCCGAGGCGGACCCUCGUGGGAAAUGCAGUACUGGAAGAGGCUGGAAUUAUUGGCGACGUAAACAUUGCCGAAUUUCCACUUCUGUUCAUGCCGCUAGAGCAGGACAUCUUGUCGCUAGAAUUGGAUGAUUCAUUCAGCGAUUUGUACUUGCACAAAGAUCCUGGAUGCAUAUUCCAUGCCGCCAAGGCUCUGAUGGGUAUCCAGCAACGCCACGGGUAUUUCCCAAGAAUCGUUGGAAAGGGCGACAAUGCCCGCCGCUUGACAGAUCUGCUGCUGCGCAUGAGAAAGGAACUCGACGCAGAAGAGAGCUCUGGCCUGGCUGAUCCGUCUGCUCGAGGGCUAUUACCCAGCUCGAAUGUUGAGAACCUGAUCAUCAUCGAUCGCGAUGUCGAUUUCGGAACAGCUCUUCUAACACAACUCACGUAUGAAGGCUUGAUUGAUGAGUACGUUGGUAUCAAGAACAAUCAGGCAGAUAUCGACACAAGCAUUGUUGGUCCCGCCUCUGCACCGCAGCCUCAGGAAUCAUCUAAGACACCCCAGCAACAUGGCCCACCAAAGCGCAAGGUCCAACUGGAUGCCUCAGAUCAACUGUUUAACCAACUCCGGGAUGCUAACUUUGCAAUCGUGGGUGAUAUCCUGAACAAAGUUGCACGGCGCCUGGAGAACGAAUACGAAACCCGUCAUACAGCCAAAACGACCGGCGAACUCCGGGAGUUUGUCAAUAGGCUCCCAACAUAUCAGUUGGAGCACCAGAGUCUUCGAACACAUACAAACCUAGCAGAGGAGAUAAUGCGACUCACACGGUCCGAGACCUUCCGCAAAACACUAGAAGUCCAACAAAACAACGCUGCUGGUGCAGACUCGACAUACCAGCACGAGACCAUUGAAGAGCUCAUUGCCCGAGACAUUCCAUUAAAAACGGUCCUCCGACUUCUUUGCCUGGAAUCAUGCAUGUCGGGCGGUCUCCGCCCACGCGACUUGGAAAACUUCAAGCGACAGAUCGUGCAAGCAUACGGGCACCAGCAUCUUCUCACAUUCUGGGCGUUGGAAAAGAUGGAGCUGCUGCAACCCCGAUCUCCAGCUACAACUAUGCUUCUUCCAACAUCAGGCGCACAGGCAGGCACAAAGACGAACUAUGGAUACCUGCGCAAGAACCUCCGCCUUGUCAUUGAAGAAGUCAGCGAGAAAGAUCCCAACGAUAUCUCAUACGUGUACAGUGGCUUUGCACCACUGAGCGUCCGGCUAGUGCAAUGCGUACUGCAGAAAUCCUACAUGGUCUCGCUUAUCAAGGGUGGGACGCCUGCUGCUUCUAUCAAUGCCGCCAGCACAGUGUCUCCUGGCUGGCUUGGCUUCGAGGAUGUGGUUAAAAGCGCGCGGGGUGCGACUUUCAGCAUUGUGCAGAAAGGCGAUGACAAGGCUGUCCGCGCGCGACAGACGCUCAGUGGAAACUCUGGUACCAAGACUGUGUACGUCUUUUUCUUGGGUGGCAUCACGUUCACGGAGAUUGCUGCUCUGCGCUUUAUUGCUGCUCAGGAGGCCCCGCGGAGAAAGAUUGUCAUUUGUACCACGAGUAUCAUCAGCGGCGAUCGGAUGAUGGAGGCGGCUAUCGAGAAGGGUAGCUUUGGCCCGGCCAGUGCAAAGUAA